UGCCUUAACGGUAUUUUGUUCAUUUUCUUUUUAAGAACCACUCAUAUAGUCCAUUUCGUAAUAAUGAAUUUGGUUGAAUCCCACAAAGGGGGUGUAUUGUAUUUGAAAUUAGUGACGAACUGAAGCUCCUGGGAGAAAAGAUGACGAACUGAAGCUCCUGGGAGAAAAGAUGCAGGCCUCCGACCUGAAAACACGACCGGAAUUGGUAGAAGCACCGGAAGCGACGCCGCUGCCUCCCGACGUUAUGACCUGACCACCGUCGUGCACCUACAGCUGGAUCAUCUUCUGCCGGAGCGUCAGUUGGAGCCCAAGUUCAAACGCCGUUGUAUGCGACCCGCCACCUCCGACAGAGCGCCAUCAGUCUCAUUCUUUGCCCCUCUGCCACUGCGACCAUGAAAAAAUUCAGAUCCCGAAUUCAAGAUCCAGUAUAAAUGGAAGGAUUGUUGCAAAUUCUGCUAGCCGAUCGAAGCAAUCUAAGUCCACAAUGACCCACCUCCGUUGAAGCCCCGCCUGCCGCCUCACUUCUGGUUGCUCCGCCGCCGUGCCGGUUGCUGGAGCCUGGGUCACGAUCAAAGGAGUUUGACCUCAAAUAUCCUCCAUUAAUGGCCGCUCAAAGAUCUCAGAAGGAAAGACUACCCCCAAAGCCGACGUCGACGUCACGACCGGAGGUCUCUUCCCUUUCCAAUAACUGCCUUCCAGCGCCGCCGCUAACCUGUCGGUGCUCAUCGAUCAACUACACUUGCGGGACCGCCGUGCUUUGCUACUGCUGUCCCCACCGCACCAUUUUCAACCGCUCCCCUGGAUGGGUACAGUAGCGUUGUGCUACUUGGGUCUUGGUUGCAGGCAAGAUCUGCUUGCCGGAGAGGAAAGCCGGCAGGAGCACGUUAGAAGGGAAGUUGGUCAGGCGUUAACAGUUUGUAGCUUAGGUCAAAGUUAUUUGUGAUGUGCUAGAGGACCAAUUUCUACACAAGCCUGAUUUCUACACAGGCCACAAUUUCAGCCCACUUCAAAAAGAUAAGUACUCUUUAAUUUUCAUAUUACUUAUAUUUAUGUAAAUCAUUUUUUUUUUUGUCGUGUGAAUGUCACACAAUCACGCACUUAUGAUCAAAUGCCUAGUAGAGUGUGGUUUGAGACCCAUCACUAGGAUUUAUAGCCCUGACCAAGAUCAGGCACAAAGCCCCGACCAAGUCGGGCAUGAAGACAAAGCCCCGACCAAGUCGGGCACGAAGACCGGUCUUAGUCAUGCCUCGAGUGGCGACCGUUGCUUACGAAUGGCUCACACAUCCAUUUUACUAAGUAUAUUAUCAUUACAUUGGCAAUUCACAUGUUCACUUGUUUCGAGUAACGAACUCCCGAUCGGAAACAUAAAUCCUGAGAAAAAAUUUAUAUGUAUGUUAAAUGUGUAGGUAGAAGGAUGACUUUACUCAUUUUUACCUCGUCUCCACUCGCCUCAAGGAGUGGGGGACUGAGGGGUCACAAUUUCUAGAUGAGUAGAAAAUGUCACGCAUGAGCAGGAACGAAAGCUGAGUCAGAUGAAGAGAAGUUGAGCUAGACAAAACUGAUUAUGGCGGAGGGAACUUACCUUCCUUGUUUCAUGUUGGGGGCGCUAGGUGUACUCGUUUUCCCUUUAUUAGGAUUUUUUUUCCCACUGGGUUUUGUCCUAGUAAAGGUUUUUAACGAGGCACCUCCCCAUCAUGGACAAGGGUGGUGGUCCCCCGGCCGAAGAGGAAGAAACCAAAGCCAGAAGAACGUUGCAGAUACAAUUGUGGACUACUCCCUUUCACGGUUUCACCUCGAGUACUCUCGGCUCAGGGAGUGGGGGACUCCUGAUGGAGUAUAUAGACUCCGACCCCCCGGUCUGCCGACUAUUGGGCCUGGACAACGACCCACACACGUUCAGCGGAUUCAUAUUAUUGUACAUUAUUAUUAUUCAGAUGUUCUAGAUUAGUUUUUAUAUUAUCCGUCCAUUUAUGUAACUGGGUCUGUCAGGCCCAUAUUAGAGGCCCAUACCCGGAUUUUCCCUGUAUAUACUUCUUAUAGGAGGCUUGUAAACAUAGGUCAUAGAUAACUCAUAGUUCAUUCACAUUACACAUAUAUCUCCUUCUCCAUAUUCUUUGUUCAAUCUCUCCUUAUUAUACAGUAUGGGUAUCAAUUAUCCAACAAUAACGUUGGCGGAUAAAUGGAUUGCGGCCGAGAGUUUGUAUCGGUGCUGGAUCGUGAAGCCUUAGUCGGCCGCUCCGGCAGUGGUGGAGUUGGUAUUCACUCAUAUUCCAAGAGCUCGUCCUCCUCCGGAACCACCUCCAUACCAGGGCGGAGCUAGGGAGGGUUAACAUAGGCCUCGACCCACCCCAAAUUUAAAAGUGCAUUAAAUUUUAAGGUCAACGUAAAAGGGGGCGAAUAGACCCCCGACUAGACGAAGCUAGCCAAGACAUCAACAGAACUCCCUACAUCGAGAGAGACGAAACACCCCGGUGCACCAGUGCCUGGUAAAGAAUCAACAUAUAACAAAGUCAACACAUACAACCAUAAGAGAAGAACAAUUCAAUUGGAUCAUACCUCUACCAAGAAACUUUGAGCAUUGAUAUCACCAUCAGAUAGUAUGGAUCACUGCAUCAUUGUUGCCGAAGAAGAGUAAGGCCAUAGAAGACGAAUUAUUACUCCUUUGCCGUGAACAAUCGGAACAGAUUGGAAGACGAUGUCUUUCUACUUCUCGGCGCUAAGGUUCUCUCGCAACUAAGGAUAGAUUUGUUGCGCCUGCGAGUGAGUAUGAAGACGGUUAUGAUGAGUAGCGGCGCCCCUAUCUAUAUACCUUUUUUGAAAUGGAUAAAAAUUUGUGGAGAUUUAGAAAGAAAAGUUGCUCAUUACUCAUUUUUUAGAAUUCCAAAACAUUUUUUACUCUUAAAUUGAGAUUUUUCCUUAUUUUAUAUUUUAAUUCUUCUAAUUUUGUCCGUCGUAUAAAAGUGGAACCGGACUCGAGAGCCUAUAUCAUACAACCGGGUGUACGUGCACCCGGCCCAACUAAGGAAGACAGCCCAACAAUCAAUACAGGCCAAUUUUUUUCGGUGGCAAUUUUGUAAUUUAAGCAAAAAU